UGCAAUCAUAUCGAUGACUGUGGUGAUGCUUCGGAUGAGUUGGACUGUGCCGCCGCUGUGACGUGUGCUGCCGGUUCAUUUGCUUGUGGCAAUGGACACUGCAUAAACCAAACCAAGGUAUGUGAUGGUCACAACGACUGCCACGACAGUGGCGUUUCUGAUGAGUCCAAAGAAACCUGCCCUGGACUGCCUAUCGAUUGUCGUGGAGUGAAGAUACGAUGUCCCAACACGAACAUUUGCAUUCAACCGGCUGAUCUUUGCGAUGGUUACGACGAUUGUGGAGACAAAGCUGACGAGAAUAAGCUUUUCUGUAUGAACCAACAAUGUGCACAGCACUAUGUACGCUGUCCAUCGGGCAGAUGUAUUCCGGAGACGUGGCAAUGCGACGGAGACAACGAUUGCUCAGAUGGCUGGGAUGAGACACACACGAACUGCACUGACGAGACCGGAAAGCGCAUAUGCGUUGGGGAAUAUUUGUUCCAGGUCUGGCAAAGAGCCAAUUUGCUAAACUUUUUCCAUUUAUGUUCUUCAUUCCACCCAUUUCAGUGUGACAAUGGCAAAUGUAUCUCCCGAGCGUUCAUCUGCGACGGUGAAGACGACUGUGGUGACAGCUCCGAUGAGCACACGAGACAUAGCUGCGGUAACCGCACCUGCACUGAUCAAGAAUUCCACUGUGUCUCGAACGCAAGACUGGCACAACCGAAAUACGAAUGUAUUCCGAAAGCAUGGCUUUGUGAUGGUGACGUCACCUGUGCCGGUGGAGAGGACGAGUCGGCCGAAUUAUGUAAAACGGAAAAGAAG